UAAUAUUAAAACAUUUGUACUAUAAUAUAACAAUGAAUUUCUUAUAUUUAUUAAUAUGCUCUCUUUGUGCGGUAGUAAAUGCCGGUGGGGAUACAUUAGUUUUAUUAGACAAUCUUGCAAUUAAAGAAACUCAUUCCAUAUUUUUUAAAAGCUUACAAGAUAGAGGUUAUGUUCUAACAUUCAAAUUGGCUGAUGAAGCCAAUUUAGUUUUAUCUAAGUAUGGAGAAUAUUUAUACAAGCAUUUAAUUCUAUUUUCACCUGCUGUGGAAGAGUUUGGAGGAUCAUUAAGUGUCGAGGCAAUUACAGAAUUCAUAGAUGAAGGCGGCAAUGUUUUGGUAGCAGGAAGUGAAUCCACUGGUGAUGCAAUUCGUGAAUUAGCUUCUGAAUGCGGUUUUGAGGUGGAUGAGGAAGGAGCAGCUGUUAUUGAUCAUCUUAAUUAUGAUGUGUCUGAUAAAGGAUCCCAUACAACUAUUGUUGCUGACCCACAAAAUUUAAUUGAUUCUUCAAUUAUUGUUGGCGAUAAAAAUAAAAUUUCACCCAUGUUGUAUUCUGGCACAGGAAUAUUAGCUGAUCCUGAGAAUCCAUUAGUUCUAAAACUUUUAUCAGCAGAUAGUACAGCAUAUAGCUAUCAGCCAGACCAAUCAAUUAAAAUGUAUCCUCAUGCUGUUGGCCGAAAUACGUUAUUAAUUGCUGGGCUGCAAGCUAGAAAUAAUGCACGUGUGGUUUUUAGUGGAUCUAUUCAAUUCUUUUCAGAUGAAGCGUUUAAUUCUAUGGUUCAAAAAAAUCAGGGUGGCACAGCAAAGAAAUCUGGUAAUAAGGAUGUAGCUAUAUCACUUUCACAAUGGGUUUUCAGAGAAAGAGGUCAAUUACGUGUAAAAUCAGUUAAUCAUCAUAAUGAAAAUGAGAAAGUUCCUCCUCCAUCAUAUACUAUUAUGGAUCCAGUGGUUUAUACAAUCCAAAUUCAAGAAUUGGUCAAUGGAAAGUGGGAACCAUUCAAAGCUGAUGAUGUUCAAUUAGAAUUUGUUCGCAUUGAUCCAUUUGUAAGAACUACUCUCAAAAAAUUAGCAAAUGGAAAUUAUGAAGCUAGGUUCAAAAUACCAGAUGUGUAUGGAGUUUAUCAAUUCAAGGUGGACUAUGACCGAACUGGAUACACACAUCUUUAUAGCACAACACAGGUUUCUGUAAGGCCACUAGAGCACACACAAUAUGAAAGAUUUAUACCCAGUGCUUUCCCAUAUUAUGCUAGCGCUUUCUCUAUGAUGGCUGGAGUGUUCAUAUUUUCAUUUGUAUUUUUUUUACAUUACAAAGAAGAGCCUACUAAGUCAAAACAUGAAUAA